CAGAAUGGCAGCAAGCUCUGUAUUAUCUCCUCUGGCAUUAAAUGAUUACCAGGAUCGAUUGACAGCUGGAGAAAAUGUGUCAGAAAAAGUGUAUCAAUUCAAAAGACUGUGCUCCUUUCAACACUGGCCAGAGUGGGCGAAAGCAUCACCAGCACGGCUAGCCAGGGCAGGGUUUUUCUACACUGGCGCUGGGGAUAAAGUGGAGUGCUACAGUUGUCAUGGGACUCUAGAGAACUGGAAACAUGGCGAAAAUCCAUUAGAGAGACACCGGCAGUUUUAUCCAGCAUGUCCCCAUGUGAAAGGUGUUGACAAGGAAAAUAGACCUAUUUCAUCUGAGGGUGUUGAGAGUGAACUGGUGAGUUCUUUACAAGAGAACGGAGAUGCAGGAAGGGACACUGUGACAGAUACUGUGAGUUAUGUGCUUAGUGUUGUUGAACAUAGGACCACAUCACAGGCUAGAGAGCAGCACCGGCUUCCUUCUUCAGCCUUGGUACAAGGAAAUGAUAAUGCACACCCUGGUAGAGAAUCCACAGAUCUGUCAUCAGUAGAAAACAAUUACCCUUUUUCUAAUUUGGCACAGCAGCAAAAUGUUUCCAGUCAUGAUAAUCAUAUUUUUGGACUCAUGCAAGAUGAAAAUGCACGCAGAGCAAGUUAUCCAGUAGGAUGGUCUGCAAUUUGUCCAAUAUCACCUGAUGAAUUGGCCAAAGCAGGUUUUUUUUGUAUGAACUCUGGAGACCUUGUGCAGUGUGCAUUCUGCAGAGGUGCUGUGAGGAACUGGGAGACUGGGGAUUCUCCAUUCUUUGAACACAAAAAACAUUUUCCACUGUGUCAAUUUGUGUUAAACAGACUUGAACAGGAACAGAGGCAGUCAAAUUCUGUACCACAAUCUAAUACUUUUUCAAAUAGCAGUAAUGUACCAGACCUUUUGCUAGAUGAGAGUCCUAUUGUUACAGAGAGACCCAAACACCCAGAAUAUGCUGUGGAGCAAAACCGGAUAGCCUCUUACCAGAAAUGGCCCAUAAACAAGAAGCAAACCCCCAGAGACCUGGCUCAGGCUGGUUUCUAUUAUGCGGGGUUUGGGGACAACGUGAAAUGCUUCUUUUGCAGUGGAGGCCUGAGGAACUGGGAGGCGCAGGAUGUACCAUGGAGGGAGCAUGCACGUUGGUUUCCCAAGUGUGGUUUUGUGAAGCAGUGCAAAGGUGUGACCUUCAUACGGGAGGUACAGCGAGAAAGAACAAUGGGCGGGGCCAGCCGAGGUCACUCGGCAGAUGGACAUCCGGUGGAAGCACGAGAAAUCAAGGCAAGACUUGACACACCUAUGGCCCAGACUGUGGCCAAUAUGGGAUACUCCAAGGCCAAACUGCGCCAGGCAAUAGAACAGAGGCUAAGAACCCACGGAGAUGACUUUCCCAAUCUCCAGGCUUUUGUGGAAGCUGUUCUCGACUUAGAUGAUGGUGAAGAACAGACCAGUGUGGGGAAUAUGAGAGAAACCAGUCAAGCAAGCAGUGUUGUUCAGCCCAGAUCAGACAAUAGUCUACAGGUCCAAUCUCAACCACAGGGUCAAGAGUCAUCCAACACAAAACAAGCCGACCCGAAGACAGGCAAUUCUGCAAAAGAUAAAAAAGAUGAAAAUUCUGCCUCCAAGGUAUCCGUUGUUGAUGAAAAGGAGCGAUUGAGGCUUGAAAAUGUAGAAAUGAUGAUGCAGCGUAUGUGUAAAAAGUGCUCUGAUAAUGAGGCCAGCAUUGUAUUGUUGCCGUGUGCGCACCUUGUUAGCUGUGCUACUUGUGUGGUUGGUUUGACCAGGUGUCCUGUGUGUGAUUUGAAAAUUCAAGGAACUGUGAGAGCAUACUUGCCGUGAAAUGUUUUGCUUAACCAUGCAUCUAUCACUGAAGGCUCCAGAGGAAUUAUAAAUAUGGUACAAAAGACACCUUCGCCCUUAAAUGUUGUUAAUUUUGUAUAUACCAAGCACAGCACCAUUUAGUCAAUAUUUAGUUUACUUAAAUGUUUAUCAUGCAUGUAGUUAAUUAAAAGUGUUAUAGCAUGUGUUAGUACGCGCAUUCAGAACUAACCGACCUGUGGAUCAGAUAUGACAGACCCAUUUGAAAGCGAUGCCGCAUAAAAUCCUGAUGGACUCCCUGCCUCCCGCGUGCCCUCCCUGCAGGGACACGGCAAUUGAAGCUGGCAUUAGAAAGAAUCGAGCCCUGAUCGAAGUGGAGCCAUUGUUUUAUUGCUGUGUCCCUGCUGAGAUGGCAUGUGUGGGAGGAGGAAAUGCCGUUAGGAGAGUGGGUGGCAUUGCUUGUGAGUGGGUCAGCCGUAUUUGAUCCCCAGAUCUAGUCUGCGGACCAACUUUUUCUAAAAACGCCUUUAAUUCUCGUAAGUGAGUGUUGUUUCUGUUUUUUUUUUUUUUCAAUUAAUUUUCUUUUCUAAAAUGAAAAAAUAGAAUCAUGGUCCUAUUCAGGUAGUCAUGGCGUCAGGCCUAACUAACUACCAGACACGGCACCUACGGAUCCUGAAUA